GACCAACGGACCACAAUCAACCAACCGAACACGGUGGAAACAGCGACCGCAACGUUCACCAUGACAGACCAACAACCCACCAUUCCUCCCUUUGCUGAGGUGCCCAAGACGGCAACUUCGGGCAAGAUCACGGCUGAGUUCGUUACCAAGGACGAUGCUCGAGCGCCCAGUGUUCAUUGCUCGACUAUCGCCGUGGCUGGAGGUAUCAGAUACCUCGCAUGGUUUGGUGGAUCAGGGGAAGGCAAACCAGAUGUCAAGAUAUGGUUCUCGAAAUAUGUCAAUGGCAACUGGACAGAUCAAGUUUCCGUAGCGGGUGAUGGGACUCUACCUCAUUGGAAUCCUGUCCUGUUCAUCCCUGAUCCCGUUAACGAGCCGAAACACGUGUACUUGUUUUUCCGGACUGGUAAACUCAUUUCGAGCUGGAUAACGUACAUUAUUGAAUCGACGGACGGAGGUGAUUCGUGGUCUGAGCCGAAAGAACUGGUGCAAGGUGAUAGAUCAGGUGGACGAGGACCUCAGAAGAAUGCUCCGAUCGUAUUGAGCAAUGGAGAUUGGUGUACAGGUGCUUCGUAUGAGGUUCCGAAUCCCGAUCCAUCAAAACCAUACGGUGUCUGGGACUCGUACUCUGACUUCGCGCCAAAACCCAAAGAGGGAGACACGUUCAAGCAAGGCGAUGUCUGGAUCAAAUCUCCCUUGGUGGAGCUUCCAGCCGAUAGAGGCGUCCCUGGUGGUAGUUUCCCCGGUGAAGGAGCCAUUCAACCUGGUCUAUGGGAAUCAAAAGAUGCACCUGGACACGUCCAUCUCACGUUGAGAUCUUCCGCCGGCUGUAUCCUCCGGAGCGAUUCCGAAGAUUAUGGUCGGACUUGGACUCCGGCUUACAGGACAAUCUUGCCGAACAACAACUCUGGACAUGAUAUUGCUAGACUCAAGGACGGGCGAGUGAUCUGGACUGGAAAUUACAACACUCGCAAUUGGGGACCUAGGACACCUCUAUGCCUCAUGAUCAGUCAAGACGACGGACAGACCUGGAAACUCUGGGCGACAGUUGAACAGGCACCUCCACCUCACGAUGAGAUCCGGUUGACAGGCGCGGAUGCAGGUGGAGUCGACGGUCUCGAAGAGUAUUCCUACCCUUCCAUCGUACCUCUUGAAGAUGACGAUGGCGAGGUGGGUGUCUGGAUGUCCUGGACGUGGCAGAGACGAGGUAUAAAAGUCGCCAAGAUUGUAGAGGCGUAAAGAAAAGAUCCGGUACUAGAUGUGCAUAGGCUGCCCCCUCCAAAUGUCCUUUAUUUUUGAAAUGAUCAAUAAAAGUCUACCAAAAUUGAGUGAGAUCGGGAUGUAUGCCAUCCCUUAAGCGCAAGAGAGCGAUAUUGGAGCCGGUCGUGGAGAA